CUGUGUGUGUGUGUGUGUGUGUGUGUGUGUGUGUGUGCGGGCCCGCAUGUGACAAAAUGAAAGAGAGCCAGUCAUGUGAUGUUUGACUUCUGUCCAAUCUGUCAUCAGCUAGAUAAGAAAGCACUUCCUUACAUGCUAGGACAACCUUUCUGACUGUGUGUGUGUGUUUUGUUUCUGUUGUGUGUGUGUCUCUGUCACUGGUGUAAGUUUAGGUUUAAGUUAAAGGACACACACGGCGAGAUAUGUGUUAGUUUAAUUGUCUAGUCUUGUGCCAAUUCUACUACAAGAUGAAGAUUAAAAGUCAGAGGAAAUACAACUCGUUGUGGUCAGAUGCAGAUGUUUUAUGUGACAGUUGGGCUUCUGCUGAGUUUGAUCUCGCACAAAUCCGACUGAUUGUGUAUCAGGAUUGUGAAAGAAGGGGUCGCCAAGUACUCUUCGACUCCAAGGCUAUACGGAAGCUCGACCCGUCUGAACUGAAUGUCGAGGAGACAAAAGCCCCGCCCACUCGGGGCGGUGCUUGCCAAAUCGGCUGCAAGGCAAAGCAGAAAGAGACUCCGCCUACUUAUCAGUAUACAAGACCAUCUUCAGAUGUGAAUAUGCUCGGGGAGAUGAUGUUCGGCUCCGUCGCCAUGAGCUACAAGGGGUCGACGUUAAAGAUUCACCACAUCCGAUCUCCUCCUCAGCUGAUGGUCAGUAAGGUUUUCUCCGCACGCUGUGGCAGCAGUAACGCAGGCAGCACCAACACUCUCCAGGACAGCCUUGACUCUAUUAGCCAAACCUGCCCAAGUCGCAGCAGCAGCAUUGCUCAUAGUAAUCCUGUGGACAUGCCAGGCCGAGGACACGGUGAAGACAGUGACAGUGGCAUCGCCCGUUCAGCGUCACUCAGCAGCCUCCUAGCCACGCCCCUCCCUUCCCCCGGCUCGUCCUACAGCAGCGGGUGUGCCAGCAGUUACCAACGGCGAUGGCUCCGUAGCCAAGUGACCAGCCUCCAGCAUGGCUUGAUCCCUCGCUGGAGCACGGAUGAGAUAUUCAGCCUGUCAGACGAAAGCUGCAACUCGAACCCUGGUCUGGGCCGCAGGAAGAUGAUCGCAGUCAGCAUCAUCAUCAGCCUGCCGGAGAAAGAGGAGGAGAACCAAAGCUUUCAGGAAUUCUUCUUCUCCCACUUCCCCCUGUUCGAGUCUCACAUGAACAAACUGAAGACUGCCAUCGAGAGGGCGAUGAUUGUGUGCAGGAGAGUAGCAGAGCCUAGUCAGCGAGUGCAGGUGUAUCUGUGUCGGGUUAUGGACGCACUGGGAGAGUUCAGGAUGACCGUGUGGAACCUGUACAUGGCUCCACGGAUCACUGAACCCAUCUGGCUGACCAUGGUAUCCCAGAGUGCCGAGCGAAACCAGCUGUGUCAGAGCUUCCUGAAGGAGAUGAGCCUGCUUAUGGAACAGGGGGCCAAGAACCAGUUCCUGUCUUCUCUCCUCACUGCUGUCCUUAUGUAUCACCUCGCCUGGGUUCCCACGGUGAUGCCUAGCAACCACCAGCCAAUUAAAGCCUUUCAUCAGAAACACUCUUCUCACAGGGUAGACUCGCUGGCCAACUGUCACCCCUACAACCCACUGUGGGCGCAGUUAGGAGAUCUGUAUGGUGCGUUGGGUUCUCCUGUUCGAGUGUGUCGUACUGUGGUUGUCGGGCGCAGUCGUGAGCUGGUGCAGCGCGUGCUCUAUAUCCUGUCCUACUUUGUCCGCUGCUCUGACCUCCUGGAAAACACACUUCCUCACACACAGACAGAAAGUCCUGCCGAUCCAUGCCCUUCUCAAACCACUCACCCCUUCCCCUGUUUCGAGAGGACCAAUGAGAGACCAUAUACCUGUGAUUCAGAGGCUGCAAAGUCCACCUUUAACCCUGAAAGGACCAAUGAGAGAACAGCUGAUACAGAUCCCACAGAUCCGACUACCGGUCUGGAAGAAACCGACACAGAAGCAGGCGACUCUGACUCAGCUGUCUCCUCCCCCUUUUUUGAAACAACCAAUGAGCAGCUAGGAUGCGAUCGGGAACGUUCGUGGCAGCUGGGACUAGAGCACUCGUUGGCCAAUCCGAGCCCUCCUGUGCACAGAGUGCAGUUCAUGAUUGGCAGCCCAAAGGAGGGGGAGAACAACAGAGAAUGUGAGACGAGGACUGGACAUCGGUGUGAGCGUGGCUUACACAGGAAGAUGCCCAGUAGGCUUUUAACAAACAGCUUGGACAGUUCGGACGAGGAGGAAUCGUCUCACAAGCAGACGUGCGCAGGAAAUGAAAUGCAACAACAUGAACUACCGCUCCCAAGCUGUGACGUGGAGCUCCGACCCGACAUGAAUCAUUUCGGUCGCUCUCUGCUCGGAGGUUACAGUCCGCAGUACAUGCCUGACUUCGUCCUGCACGGCGUCACCUCGGAUCAGCGGCUCAAGCAGUGCCUGAUGGCCGACCUGGAACACACAGUACUGCACCCUGCGUUGGACGAGCCAGUGGCUGAAGCCAUGUGCAUCGUGGCAGACACGGACCGCCUCAGCGUUCAGGUGGCUACGACACAGCGGCGUGUGUGUGAGCCAGGCCAGCUAGGAAGAGACGUGAUGGUCUCCAACCUCGUACACACACUCCUCACAUCUGUGCUGCAGCUGCACACACUCAACAUGGCCGCAGACUUUUGUGUCAUGCAUUUGGAGGACCGCUUGCAGGAGGUGUACUUCAAGAGCUGUUCUUUGGCAGAAUAUCUGAAAGGACAGCGACGAGUCCACGUAAAGGAACUGGGACUAGCGCUGGGGAUCGAUUCCAGUGAUCUUCCAUUACUCACAGCUGUCGCCAGCACACACUCGCCCUACGUCGCACAGAUCCUUCUGUGAAAGGAGCAGCUUCGCUUCACCGACCAAUCAGAGUGCGUGCCUGCCCACAGCAGACCAAUAAGCAGCCGAUCUCCUUGGCGAUGAUCAGACCAACCAGGGUCACGUUGCUAGCCUUUAAAGAGAGAUCAGACUGUAAGGUUUACAUCCUCUCCAAACUGACUGUGUGUGUGUGUGUGUGUGUGUGUGAGAGAGAGAGAGAGAGAGAGAGAGAGAGAGAGAGCGCUUUGUUUUCUUACCUGCAUUAUUUCCACGGUAUUGUUUUGUCUUAAAAGUAAAACUGGAUCAGGAAAUGCUACGUUUAAUGUACAACAGUAUAUAGUACAACAGGUGACAAAUUAAAGUUUUUUGGGGGUUUUUUAAAGUAGCAUCUAUUAGAAAGGAUUAUUCUGGUUAAAUUUGACGCCAGCUUCAAAUCUGCAAAGGCAAUCUGGGAUGAGUUUGAAAAAGCGCAGCAGAUUAAACCUGGGCACAACGCUAAGCCUGCAUCUGUUGCUUUUCUCUUAAUUUCCUGCCCUCUGGUCCAUGGGCUUUGUUUUUAUAAAGUUUCGCAUCAGUAUUGAUGUUCUGGGUAAACCGCACGUGCUGCCUAAGAUUAAUACAAUGCAAACAAGACGUCACUUUAAAAAAAGAAGAGUUGGAUUACAGCAGCGUUCCUUAACCCUGUUUCUGCAAAUCUGUUAUACAGAGUCAAAUUAAACAGAGUUAAGAUUAGGAAAUUGUGCACUGUGAUGAAUUAGUGGUAUUUACAGUUGGUUUACAGAAUCUGAACCUGUGUAUGAUUUUAGUAUUUAUUAUAAGAAACAAUACCUGUCAAUCAUCUUGAAUAACUUUACUUUUCUGUACUUUUUGGUUAAAACGGAUUGAUUUGUUUGGUUUUGGCGCCCUCUUGUGGUGGCGUUGAGGUUUACAGGAUCGUUCAUAAAUACCAAGAGGGUUUCUACCAGAGCUGGUGGUUUUUUUUUUUAUUAUGGUCUCAUUUAUCUCUGCAUCAAGCUCUAACUGUAUAUAAUGAUGGCUUAUUAUAGAGCAUGUGUCCUCAUAGUUUUUACACAAGAAGCCAAUAUUAACAGCUUUCUGGGUUUGUGUGGAUGGAUGGAUGGAUGGAUGGAUGCUUUGUAUCAGGUGCUACCAUGUUCUACACUGUGUAAAAAAUAUGUUUAAACAUAAUAUUUUCUAUACUUUGAGUACACUUUACUAAUAAGUUUCCCUGUAAGCCGCAUCCAGCUCUAUUUCGGCUACUAUUCGAGUCUUCGUUUUACUCAGUCUUACUUUUCUUUUAAAUGUUCCAGAGACUCUUUUGUUAUUUUUUUAUACACUGACUUUCUACCUCACGGUUGCUUUUAAAAGCAGUCCUGAUCUCAGACGUGAAAGACACGACUCACGUCGAUCGUUUUUAAGUUCGAUCCUUGGAAUAUGGAAUAAAUUUGAAUAAACGUCUCAGUUGAAAAA